AUUGUCACCAAAGCAAUGAACCACAACAUCAACUACUAUGCUAUCUUUAUUUGCUACCAAAAGCGACAAACUGUAGGCCUCUUAAGCCGGCAAUGCUGCAGCCUCCGCCACCAAAUGGCAACUAUGCACACAAUAAAUCCCCCCAUUAACGGACAACACUCGAGCCAUCUUUAGCCAGACGGACAAUCUUCAACCAUCCGAUCACUCACCCAAAUUCUAAUCCUCACCCUUCAUCUCAACAUCACAAGCCAAGGACGUUCAUGUAAUUCUCACAAGAGGAAAUGGAGGAUCUUUUUGUUUUCUUUGUAUAAAUAACCCCACCGUGACUCCUCCAUUUCAAGCCCCUUCAGGAAGAGUUCAGUUUUCUGUUAUAAUAUCUCAACACUACUCCCAUUCUGCCCUCGGGCUACGAGCUUCCAAUUAGACCACCAUGCGUGAGAUUCUUCACAUUCAAGGAGGGCAAUGUGGGAACCAAAUUGGAUCAAAAUUCUGGGAGGUGGUUUGUGAUGAACAUGGGAUUGAUCCAACCGGCCAGUACAUCGGAAAGACGGACUUACAGCUAGAGAGAGUGAAUGUGUAUUACAAUGAGGCUAGUAACGGCCGGUAUGUGCCACGGGCUGUUCUUAUGGACCUUGAGCCUGGCACUAUGGACAGCGUCAGGACCGGUCCAUACGGGCAGAUUUUCCGGCCUGAUAAUUUCGUUUUCGGGCAAUCGGGGGCAGGAAACAAUUGGGCUAAAGGCCAUUACACCGAGGGUGCUGAGCUUAUUGACUCGGUCCUGGAUGUUGUCAGGAAAGAGGCUGAGAAUUGUGACUGCUUACAAGGAUUUCAAGUAUGCCACUCCCUUGGUGGGGGAACUGGGUCUGGAAUGGGAACUUUGCUGAUUUCAAAAAUCAGAGAAGAGUUCCCGGAUAGAAUGAUGCUCACAUUCUCUGUGUUCCCAUCUCCCAAAGUGUCGGACACAGUCGUGGAGCCUUACAAUGCUACCCUUUCUGUUCAUCAACUUGUGGAGAAUGCUGAUGAAUGUAUGGUUCUUGACAAUGAAGCACUAUAUGAUAUCUGCUUCAGGACUCUCAAACUCACUACCCCAAGCUUUGGAGACUUGAAUCAUCUGAUUUCAGGAACGAUGAGUGGUGUUACUUGUUGCUUGCGCUUUCCGGGUCAGCUUAACUCAGACCUGAGAAAACUAGCUGUGAACUUAAUCCCAUUCCCAAGGCUUCACUUUUUCAUGGUGGGGUUUGCUCCUCUGACAUCUAGAGGAUCACAGCAGUACCGCUCUCUCACUGUCCCUGAGCUCACCCAACAAAUGUGGGAUGCCAAGAACAUGAUGUGUGCAGCUGAUCCUCGACACGGGCGUUACCUCACAGCAUCAGCUAUGUUUAGAGGCAAAAUGAGUACAAAAGAAGUCGAUGAGCAAAUUAUCAAUGUGCAGAACAAAAACUCAUCUUACUUUGUGGAAUGGAUACCAAACAAUGUGAAGUCUAGUGUUUGCGAUAUCCCACCAAAAGGGCUUUCAAUGGCUUCAACUUUCGUUGGCAAUUCAACUUCCAUACAGGAGAUGUUUAGGAGAGUGAGUGAGCAGUUCACAGCAAUGUUUAGGAGAAAGGCCUUCUUGCAUUGGUACACAGGAGAAGGAAUGGAUGAAAUGGAGUUCACUGAAGCUGAGAGCAACAUGAAUGAUCUUGUUGCUGAGUAUCAACAGUACCAAGAUGCCACUACUGAAGAAGAUAUUGAGUAUGAGGAGGAGGAUGGAGUCGAAAACUGAAGGUGUUCAGCUAUUUUGCUGCUUCGUAUGCUGUGUGCUGCAGUAAAUCGAUAGGUUUUGUUUUUAUAUUUCAAAUGUUGUGAAGACAGUGAUGAAUGUUUGUGUGAUUUGCAUGCAUUCCCUAAGAAUGACUCUCUCAAUAAGAGCAAUGGUAUUGUAGUAGUGCUGCUCUGCUUAAGCCACUCUAGUAACUUGCUUCAAGAGAACAAGGCAUAAAACCUCUUGUAUCAGGCUGUUUUUGGCCUUUUAGUUUGACGAAAAAAAUGGAGAACUAGGUGAUGAGUUGCCUACAUUCUUCAA